GCGCGGGAGCCCGGAGCGCCGGGCGCCUGGGACGCCGCGGAGCCGCUGCCCAGCCCGCGGGGCUCGUCAGGGAUGCAGGCUGCGCUGUGAGCCCGGGCUCCAAGGCCAUGUCCGGCGCCCGCUGCCGGACCCUAUACCCCUUCUCCGGGGAGCGGCACGGCCAGGGGCUGCGCUUCGCCGCGGGCGAGCUGAUCACGCUGCUGCAGGUCCCGGACGGCGGCUGGUGGGAAGGCGAGAAGGAGGACGGGCUCCGCGGCUGGUUCCCGGCGAGCUACGUGCAGUUGCUGGAGAAGCCUGGAAUGGUACCCCCUCCGCCCGGAGAGGAAAGCCACAUUGUCGUCCUUCCACCUGGCUGGCAGAGCUACUUGUCUCCCCAGGGCCGGCGCUACUAUGUCAACACGGCCACCAAUGAGACCACCUGGGAACGUCCCAGCAGUUCUCCUGGGAUUCCAGCCAGCCCUGGCCCUCACAGGAGCUCUCUGCCUCCAACAGUGAAUGGAUACCACGUGGCAGGGACCCCAGCAUACCCUCCCGAGACUGCCCACAUGAGUGUCCGAAAAUCCACCGGUGAUUCCCAGAACCUGGGAUCCUCCUCACCAGGCAAAAAGCAGAACAAGGAAAACACCAUCACGAUAAACUGCGUGACGUUUCCUCACCCAGACACGAUGCCAGAGCAACAGCUGCUGAAACCGACCGAGUGGAGCUAUUGUGACUAUUUCUGGGCUGAUAAGAAGGACCCCCAAGGCAAUGGCACGGUGGCUGGGUUUGAGCUCCUGCUUCAGAAGCAACUGAAGGGCAAGCAGAUGCAGAAGGAAAUGUCAGAAUUCAUCCGGGAGAGGAUAAAGAUCGAAGAGGAAUAUGCGAAAAACCUAGCUAAGCUCUCUCAGAACUCCUUGGCUGCGCAGGAGGAAGGGUCCCUGGGAGAAGCAUGGGCCCAGGUGAAGAAGAGCCUUGCGGAUGAGGCGGAAGUCCAUCUCAAGUUCUCCGCCAAGCUGCACAGCGAGGUGGAGAAACCUCUGAUGAACUUCCGAGAGAAUUUCAAGAAGGACAUGAAGAAGUGUGACCACCACAUCGCCGACCUCCGCAAGCAGCUGGCCAGCCGCUAUGCUGCGGUGGAGAAGGCCCGGAAGGCCCUCACGGAGCGGCAGAGAGACCUGGAGAUGAAGACCCAGCAGCUGGAGAUCAAGCUGAGCAACAAGACGGAGGAGGACAUCAAGAAGGCACGGAGGAAGUCCACGCAGGCUGGGGAUGACCUCAUGCGCUGCGUGGACCUCUACAACCAAGCCCAGUCCAAGUGGUUUGAAGAGAUGGUGACCACCACGUUGGAGCUGGAGCGGCUGGAGGUGGAGAGGGUGGAGAUGAUCCGGCAGCACCUCUGUCAGUACACACAGCUGAGGCACGAGACGGACAUGUUCAACCAAAGUACAGUUGAGCCUGUGGACCAGCUGCUUCGAAAAGUGGAUCCAGCCAAAGACAGGGAGCUGUGGGUCCGAGAGCACAAGACAGGCAACAUCCGCCCCGUGGACAUGGAGAUUUAGAUGGGCACGCACGGCCCCGGGGGGUCCUGCCGAGGAGAGGGGCUGGGGGUCCCGUGGAGAGGAGGUGGCCGCGCCCGCCACGGGGCCCGCUGCUGAGUGCACCUGCCUCCCACCCACUGUCCUGGUCCUGGUCCUGGUCUGCCGAGCCGGGGUGAUUCCAGAAGGGAGGCCCUGCGGGGAGCGGUCAGUGCGUCCAGGCCGAGAAGACGGAUCCACAGCCCCGCCCUUGUCCCCAAGGCGGAAGCCCCCCGACUCCUGUGCUAUGUUUGCUGCUCCAGGGACACACUGAGGCUGGAGCUUGGUGGUCCCUGCCGAGCCCCGCAGGGGUCACCUCCCCACCCAGAGCCAGCCGCGUCACCCACGUGUGCCCCUGGAAGCCCCGAGGCCCUCUGUCUAGCUGGUCCCCUGUGUCCCGGGCUUUGGGUGGUCAUGGGGGAAAGGUCCCUGUCUCCAACCAAGUAUCAAGAUCAGAAUUGUCGCUGGAAGGCACUGCUCAGCUCAACAGCCCCCCACACCCAGAAUUCUUUGCAGUCCAGCCCACCCUCUUUCAUUUUUUUCA